AAUUAAUCAAAAACCUUUCUAGACAUGGCAGCUAUCACGGAAAAGCCUCUCGUUUCAGAAAAUGUUGAAAAUGCUGGAAAUACUGCAAACUAUGGUGCGCUUGAUAAUAUAUUCAAAGGACCAAGAAUGACGAAAGAAUUUAUAAAAAAACACUGCAAAGAACAGAAGUUAUAUCAAACGCCUUAUUUAAACGAUGUUCUCUAUCUGCACUUCAAAGGAUUUUCCUACAUAGAAAACCUAGAGGAGUAUACGGGGCUGAAGUGCUUGUGGUUGGAAAAUAACGGAAUACGGCAAAUUAGUGGAUUAGAUCACCAGCAAGGACUGAGGAGUCUGUUUCUUCACUAUAAUUUGAUUAAGAAAAUUGAAAAUUUGGAAAACUGUCCUAUUUUGGACACGCUGAAUCUUUCCUACAACCAGGUGAAAAAAAUUGAAAAUUUAGAUUGUAUCAAGCCUUUGCAUACACUCAACUUGGCCCACAACUAUGUAGAACAGUUAGAAGAUUUCGAGCAUCUGGAAAAGCUGGCGCAACUUUCAGUGCUGGAUUUAUCCAAUAAUCAUGUUGACGACCCGCUAAUUGUUGAAACCCUCAGCAGGAUGCCCGAAUUAAGAGUCCUGAACCUGAUGGGAAACCCUGUCUUGCGUAAAAUCCCUGCUUAUAGAAAAACUCUCAUAUUAGGAUGUAAAAACCUUCAAUAUUUGGAUGAUCGGCCAGUGUUUCCUCGGGAAAGAGCUUGCGCCGAAGCUUGGCAAAGAGGCGGAAUUACGGAAGAACACGCAGAAAGAAAACGGUGGAUUGAUAAGGAGCGACAAAAGAUAAUGGACAGUGUCGAUGCCCUCAUUGCUCUGCGAGACAAUAGAAGAGCGGAGCGACUAGCGCAAGAAGCAGCACGGAAUCCAGAUAGCGGUUUUUGCACUUCCGUAGCAGAAUCAGAAACCGAGUCUGAGAGCGUAUCGCAACCAAAUCUCGAUAACUAUGCAGUUGAAGUGCAAAACGAUCCCGACAACUCAGAGCCUGCCAGAGUCAUUCCGGAGAACCAAAUCAGCUCAUCUGAUGAAGAACCUGAGCAAACCUACAAUUACGGGCGGGAAACCGCAAAUGAAGAUUCCGACUCAGAAUCUUCUGAUUCCGAUUCAAUAUCAAACCGGUCGGAAGAUUUCAUGACCGACAGGCAGACCACUGAAGAUUACUCGGCUUACCGCUCGAGAAUUUUCGAUUUUUCCAGAAAAGUCCCUGUUCAAAAAAAAUUACUAGUGGAAGAACUAGACGAUGCACAACCCAGUACAAGCAAGCAGGAGUUGAAUGAAGAAGGUGGCAAAUUGAUAAUUGAAGAAAUAACAGAAAACGCAGAUGCAAAAGAAAUGGAUGUUUCAAUUGAUGAUAAUUCCACUAAAGUUAAUGAAGAGCGCAUAACUGCAGAUAGUGCAGCUGAAAUAGUCAAACACCCGGUAUCCGAUAAUAUUCUUCAAUGCGGUGAAGAAGCAGAUUUAAUUCAGUCUGGUGCUGAGACGGUGCCCCUACAAGAAAUUACGAUUGAAACAGAACAAACCAGCAAUAAGGAAAACCUGCAAACUGACGCUACUCCUGCACUAGAAGCUCCUGAUCUUGCUGGAACAACAUCAGAAGAGAAUUCGAGUAAGCGAGAUCUCUAUAUCAUAGCAGAGCGAAUGGAUUUAAAGCAACUCCAGGCAAAACUUGCUGAAAAAUCUGAUACCCCUCUUUGUGAGAGCGUUGAAGAGAAUGUUUCGACAUCUACACAACUCGCCCUGGAAACUGGACUUGUAGACCACAGUUUCACUAAGCGGGAUCUCUACGUUAUUGUAGAACGCGAAAAUGUCGCGCUACUCCAGUCAGAGCAGCAAAAAUCUAUUUCUAGCUGCACGGAGGAAAAUGUUGAACAAGCAAUGAAACAAGAAAUUGCCAAAUCACAAAAGAAGCCCAAGAAAACAAAAAGUAUUUUCACUUUAUUUCAUUCAGCAGAUGUUGAUCAAAGUUCGUCGACAGACACCGAAGAAAGCGCAAGCAGUGACUCAGAAGAUCCCGAGCCAAAUGAACGACGACUAUUAUUAAAAUCACUGGACAAAUGCGACUCCAUCAAGGCAACUUCCAUGGAAGUAGGAGAAGGCGACUUUACUGUCCAAGUCAAAACCAAAGAAGACCUACAGGCAUGUCUUUUAGGUUCGAGCUCUUCUCGUCCUAAAGACGCAGCUUCCUCUGAAGACGUAGCUUAUAGAGAGUUGAUGGAUUGGAAGCUAGAUCUUCCCGAUCAAAACCGCAUUAUUCUUCAGCCGAUCCAACGCAAAAAGCCCAUUGCCCAGGAGUUGGACAGUGAAAUUUGCCAAUUGAUAGUCCAGGCCAAGUCAACUGAGGAAAAGCCGGAAUUUGAAAUAGUGCCUCCAAAAGAUAUUGCUGAAGAGGAUGUCAAGAUCAUGUACCCUCAAAAUGUUAGCGAAAGCAUUUGCUACAGAUCCAUUUACACCCAGCGGGGGAUUGAACUUAAGGAAGAAGACAUUAAGCCCCCGAUGGCAUACAAUGCAUUAAAACUCUCAAAAAACCACCCUGUAUACGAGCAACGGGAUGGAGUCAUGUGUAACCCUGGCCAAAAGGAAGAUGAAGACGAGGAACCUCAUGUUGAUAAUGGAAUAAUUGUCAGCAACACCAUAGCAGAGGUGAGAGAAGGAAUGAGGGAGUUCAAUAAGCACUUUGAGGCAUUCAACGAACAAUCUCGACUGGCGCGUGAAAAACUUGUAAAGGAAUACAACGACGCUUUGGAGAAAGAAAUCAAAAUCGUCGAUAAAUUCCUAUCGAUGCAGCAGAGCAGUUGCAGAAGAAAAUUUGCCCGAAAGCCAAUCGAGCCGAGGAAAGUCGAAAUUACUGAGGAAUAUUUAAAGAAGCACUUCGAGGAAAUGGGCAUGUAUUCCCCAGAGGACCUAAAAGAGGGAGACUUAAUCGAGAAGCAAGCGAAACCUCCAAGUAGCCAAAUGAAGCAGGAUAUUGAAGGGUUUGUAAGUGAGAACUGUGAAACUGAGAAGAAGUUUUUGGCUCAGUUGGAGACUUUGAAGCUAAUCGUGGAGGAGGAAGAGGAGGAGGACCAAAGAAAGAAAAGCGAGCUUGAAUUAGAAACUAAUAACACAGAAGGCUGCGAAGAAAAGCGUUUGGAAGAGGAGUUAAUUGAAGAACCUGAAGCCGAAAAACAAGUUUAUGUUACCAAAAGAAAUGUUACCUGUUCACUGGAAAUGCAGCUAGCGCAACAGAAACAUUAAUGUUUGAAUGUACCCACAUUUCCAUAAUUGUAUUAACAUUAUUAUGUUGACUGCAAAAACCCUUUUUCGAUAUGGGUUCAAUUAAACAGCAAUUAGUUUCA